AUGGUUUCUCAACUCUUUCGCUGCACAAUCGCAGCCUGCCUCAUCGCCCUCUGCUACGGCGGUCCCGCGACUCCCCAGCAGGCAGCCAAGCUCGGCAACCCAGCGCUCCUUGAAAAGGUCAAGGUCCCUGCCGAGUGGGCAGAGGCCGGCGCUCCCAAAUCUGAGGCCAUGGUGACCCUCCAGAUUGGCCUGAAGCAGGCCGAUAUGGGCGGGCUGCAGAAGCGUCUCAUGGACGCCGCGCAUCCCAGCAGCCCCAACUACGGCAAGUGGCUGUCCAAGGAGGAGAUGGAAAAGUACACGAGCCCGGCGCCGCAGUCCGUCGACAUGGUCAAGGUCUGGCUGGGUGCCCACAGCAUCUUUGAUCAGUCCAUCUCGCGCCCGACGCCGGACUGGAUGGAGGUCCGCGUGCCCAUCAGGCAGGCCGAGACGCUGCUCAACUCCCGCUACAGCCUCUUCAAGGACUCCGUCACCGGCAAGACGAUGCCGCGCACCACCGAGUACUCCAUCCCCAGCCUCCUGCACGACCACAUCGACACCAUCCAGCCCACAACCUCGUUUCAUCGAAGCCUCGGCGCGCAGCCCUCGGCGAACGCGACCGAGUCCGCCGACGUGCACCGGCGAGCCACCUGUGACCCCAACAACAUCACCCCGGCGUGCAUCCGCAGCUACUACAACGUCGACUACACCAGCAAGGGCAAGGCCAGCCUCGCCGUCACCGGCUUCAUCGGCUACUCGGCCAGCCACAGCGACGCGUCCAGCUUCCUCAGCCAGUACGACUCCGGCAACUCCGGGUCCAACUUCAAGGACGGCUCCGUCGGCGGCGCCCAGAACAACCCCUCCAACCCGACCCUCGAGGGCAACCUGGACACGCAGGUCGCCCUCUCCCUCGGCCACCCCAACCCGGUCACCUACCUCGCCGUCGGCCCCAACAACGACCCUGACAACCAGUUCGGCGACGAGCUCGUCAACCUCGGCACCUACCUCAACGCGCAGUCCGCGCCGCCCACCGCCGUGUCCACCUCGUACGGCGGCGAGGAGAACGGCUUCUCCUCGCAGUACCUGGACCGCAUCUGCAACGAGUUCAUGAAGGCCGGCUCGCGCGGCGUCUCCGUCUUCUUCUCCAGCGGCGACUUUGGCGUCGGCGGCAACAACCAGGCCAGCUGCUCCCAGGGCUUCUACGCGCUGUUCCCCGCGUCGUGCCCCUACGUCACCGCCGUCGGCGCCACGCAGUUCUACAACGGCGCCGAGUACGCCGCGCACUUUGAGAAGAACGGGUCCACCGGCGGCGGCUUCUCCUGGUACUUCAACGCGCCCGCCUACCAGUCCAAGGACACCCAGGGGUACAUCGGCAACAACCUGGACAGCUCUUACAACGGGUACUACAACGCCAACGGCCGCGGGUACCCGGACAUCUCUCUGAUUGGCGAGUACUACGACAUUGUGCUGAACGGCGGCACGGAGCGCGUGUACGGUACGUCGGCGUCGUCGCCGGCGUGGGCGGCGCUGGUCUCGUUGAUCAACGACUACCGCAUCAGCAUCGGAAAGUCGACGCUCGGGUUCCUGAACCCUCUGCUCUAUGGCAACUCGGCCGUGCGCUCGGCUCUGAUUGAUAUUACCAACGGCAACAACCGUGGCUGUGGCACGGACGGCUUCCCGGCCGCUGCUGGCUGGGACCCUACCACUGGUCUGGGAACCAUGAACUUUGCCAAGCUGAGAAAGGCGCUUUCUUCUUGA